GCCCGUCACUCCGGCGCCGCCAGGGCCGCACUUCCGCCUCGGUGUCGGCGGGGCCGGAGCGGGAGCGGAGCCGGGAUCGGGGCUGGUUCAGAGCUCCUGAAAGGGAGACAAGCAAGAUGGGAAAAAUAGCAGGAAAAAAGGCUUUUUUUUAAAUACCAUGCCACCAGAACUUCUGCAUGGUAACAAAGAUCAUCUAAAGCAGCUGGGAAUUUGCAAAAGAAGACCCUGACAGCACACAGAUACUCGAUCUCUAAAUCAAAUUCAACGAUGCAUUAGAGGGAGCUGGAUUGGCUGUGCAGAGAUUUCACACUGAAGGAUGAACGGUGAAGAAGAGUUUUAUGAUGCCGUUACGGGCUUUGAUUCCGACAAUUCUUCAGGAGACUUUUCAGAAGCAAAUCAUAAAGUUCCAGAAAUGCUUGAUCUAGAUCCACACCAAAGCAAAAGGACGGGAAAGCAUAAUGGAGAGACAGAGAUUCAAGAGAAUGGAAUUAAGAGACACAGGACAUCAUUACCUGCCCCAAUGUUUUCUAGAAGUGAUUUUAGUGUGUGGAGCAUAUUAAAAAAAUGCAUUGGACUGGAGCUGUCCAAGAUCACCAUGCCUAUUGUCUUCAACGAGCCAUUGAGUUUCCUUCAGCGGAUAACAGAAUAUAUGGAACACAUAUACCUCAUUAAUAAGGCUUGUAGUCAUGCAGAUCCCCUGGAAAGAAUGCAGGCUGUAGCUGCUUUUGCAGUUUCUGCUGUAGCUUCUCAGUGGGAGAGAACUGGCAAACCAUUUAACCCACUGUUAGGAGAAACCUAUGAAUUAACCAGGGAGGAUUUAGGAUUUAGGUUUAUAUCUGAGCAAGUCAGCCACCACCCACCUAUUAGUGCAUUUUAUUCUGAAGGCCUCAAUAAGGACUUCAUAUUUCAUGGAUCAAUCUAUCCCAAACUAAAAUUCUGGGGAAAGAGUAUAGAAGCAGAGCCUCGGGGAACAAUUACUUUGGAGCUUCUGAAGCACAAUGAAGCUUACACAUGGACAAAUCCAACCUGUUGUGUACAUAAUGUAAUUAUUGGUAAACUGUGGUUAGAACAGUACGGGACAGUAGAAAUUGUAAAUCACAGUACUGGAGAUAAAUGUGUCCUUAAUUUUAAACCGUGUGGACUGUUUGGGAAAGAGCUUCACAGAGUAGAGGGAUACAUUCAGGACAAACACAGAAAGAAGCUGUGUGUGAUCUAUGGCAAGUGGACAGAGUGCCUGUGGUGCACUGAUCCCACCACAUAUGAGACUUACAAAAAGAGUGAGAAGAGAGGUGGAGAGCAGAAGAAGAAGCUGAGUGAAGAUGAUAUUAAAUCUGAAAAUGAUGAGGCUGAUGAUAUGCCAGAGAUUCAAGACACAGUGCAGUUCAUACCAGGCAGUAAAUUGCUUUGGAGAAUAAAUUGUAGACCACCAAACUCAUCACAGAUGUACAAUUUCACCAGUUUUGCUGUGAGUCUCAAUGAGCUGGAAAAGGGCAUGGAAGCAAUUUUGGCUCCCACUGACUGUCGGCUACGUCCGGAUAUCAGAAAUAUGGAGAACGGGAACAUGGAUGUGGCAAGCAAAGAGAAGGAGAGACUAGAGGAGAAACAAAGAGCUGCUCGCAAGGAGCGUGCGAAGGACGAGGUGGAGUGGCACACACGAUGGUUUCAUCAAGGCACUAACCCAUACACUGGGACUUCAGAUUGGCUGUACUCAGGUGGCUAUUUUGAUAGAAAUUUCUCAGACUGUCCAGACAUAUACUGAAAUUACAGAACCAAUUGCUCAUCUCAUCCGGACAUUUAGUUACUAGAUUUCAUUCCAAGCCCAGUUCCUGUGGUUUUGUUGACAGCAAAAACCAGCUUUUCUAAGUAAAUUUUAACAAAAAUUC